GUUUUUCCCACAAUUCCCCUAUGAUGCCGGUGACGCUUUACGUGGGCAAACGACAGUUCGAUACUACUGCGUUCUUCGACGAAGGGUCGUCGGCUACGUUGGUAGAUGAUCUGGUGGCCAGGCGGCUGAAAGCAGAAGGUACUCUAGAGCCGUUGAUAGUGACGUGGACGGGCAAUAUCAACCGCUUUAAGAACGAUUCGAGGAAGGUCGAACUGAUGAUGUCGGCGAAGGGUUCGAAGGAGAAGUUUCCGCUGUUCAACACUCGAACGGUAUCAGAGUUGGUGCUGCCGAAGCAGAACGUGCGAUUCGCAGAUGUGGUAAAAAAAUAUUCCCAUCUUGCAGGCGUUCCGGUGAGAGAUUACCCAUCGGGAAAGCCGAGAAUCCUACUCGGGCUAGACAACGUCCACUUAUUUGCGCCGUUGGAGUCGCGGGUCGGUAAGCCAAACGAACCGAUUGCCGUGCGGUCGAAGAUUGGCUGGACAGUGUAUGGUUCGGAGAACCGAAGACCGAGUGCGUACACCUACCUGAAUCUGCACUCGAUCGUUCCAGCAAGCAAUCAAGGUCUCCAUGACAUGAUGCGAGAGCAAUACAUGCUAGAUGAGACAGCGAUUGCGACGUUCGCUGUACCGGAGCCCGUGGAGGAGAAAAGAGCUCGAGAGAUGCUUGAGACAACGACGAAGCGAGUGGGUGAUCGCUUCGAAACGGGGUUGCUGUGGCGUGAGGACGCACGACGAUUCCCUGACAGCUAUCCGAUGGCUGUACGCCGGAUGAAGGCUCUGGACCGUAAGCUGAACAGGCAUUCAGACUUGAAGAAAAACGUGUGCCAGCAGAUCGAGGACUAUCAAGUCAAACACUACGCGCACAAGGCGAGUGAAGCCGAACUGAAGGGUACGCCACAAACCGCUGUGUGGUAUCUACCGCUGAACGUCGUAGUGAAUCCGAAGAAGCCGAGUAAGGUGCGCUUGGUUUGGGAUGCUGCAGCAUCAGUGAACGGAGUCUCUCUUAACUCAGAGUUACUCAAAGGUCCGGAUAUGCUAGUUCCGCUUCCCAGAGUAAUCUGCAAUUUUCGGGAACGGCCAGUAGCAUUCGGUGGUGACAUUCAAGAAAUGUACCAUCAGAUCCGGAUCAGACCUGAGGAUAGGCAAGCGCAACGGUUUUUGUUCCGAGCGAACAGUGAGGAAGCUCCGCAGGUGUACGUUAUGGACGUUGCCACCUUUGGUUCCACGUGUUCGCCCUGCUCAGCUCAAUUUGUGAAGAACUUGAAUGCAGCAGAUUUCUCGGAGAAGUACCCUGAAGCAGUAGAAGCCAUCGUGAAGCGUCACUACGUAGAUGACUACUACGACAGCGUGGAUACUAUCGAAGAAGCGAUCCAGCGAGCCAGCGAGGUGAGGUACAUCCAUUCGUGUGGAGGAUUUCGGAUCAGAAACUGGUGAUGAGUCGAGCGAAGGUAGCACCGUUGAAGCAGCUGUCGAUUCCGCGGCUAGAACUCCUGGCAGCGGUUCUUGCGGCAAGGCUGGCACGAACGAUCGAGCAGAAUCACAACUUCACGAUCAGUAGAGUGGUGUUCUGGAUUGACGCAGAAGUGGUGCUGUCCUGGAUUCGGUCGGAUCAGCGCCGCUACAAGCAAUUUGUUGGUUUUCGCAUUGGCGAAAUUCUUAGUUUGACUAAACUGACAGAUUGGCGAUGGGUUCCGACGAGAUUGAACGUGGCGGAUCUGGUAACCAAAUGGGGUAAAGGUCUGGAGAUACACCCCAACAGCCCGUGGGUACGUGGGCAACAAUUUUUGUACGACAGUGUGGAAAAGUGGCCGAAGAGAGAAUUACCUCCAGCUAACACUACGGAGGAGCUUCGGGUUCACUUGAUGCUGCACGACGUGCAAGUUGCACAGGCUAUCGUGGACGCCAAUCGCUUUUCUAAGUGGACAGUGCUGGUGAGGACGAUGGCGUGCGUAAUCCGGUUCGUGUCGAACUGUAGACGAAAGAGCAAAAAACUGCCGAUUGAAACGCUAAAAGCAACGAGCAGACAGAGCAGAGUACUACAACCGACGGCAGCUGCGUCAGUACGUGUGGCGCUACAGCAAAGUGAGUACGAGAAGGCGGAACUAUGGCUGAUGAAGAUGGCACAGGCGGAGUGUUUCAUCGAUGAGUUGAAGGUACUGGUCAGGAAUAAGGAUCGGCCGGUGAGCCAAUGGCUGUCGAUCGAGAAGUCCAGUGCACUCUACAAACUUACUCCGCUGAUUGACGAAAACGGGCUGAUUCGAAUGGAGGGGAGAGCAGAGAAAGCAGAGUUGCUGUCAUUCGAUCUACGUUUUCCAACGAUCCUGCCACAUCAGCAUAAAAUCACGCAGCUGAUUGUUCAGCAUUACCACGAGAAGAGCGGUCACGGAUAUCGACAGGCGGUGAAGAACGAGCUGAAGCAGUUGUUCUACAUUCCGCAGCUUGACGCAGUAGUCCGGAAGGUGUCGUCCUCUUGCGUAUGGUGUAAGGUCCAUCGAAGUCGGCCUCGAGUUCCACGAAUGGCUCCGCUACCAGUGCAGCGGUUAACACCGAAUCUUCGUCCCUUUAGUUACACAGGUGUGGAUUAUUUGGGCCCAUUUGCUGUUACUGUAGGACGCCGAACGGAGAAGAGAUGGGUCGCAUUGUUCACCUGCUUGGCAACCCGCGCGGUGCACCUGGAGGUGGCUCACGGACUGACUACGCAGUCGUGCUUGAUGGCGAUUCACCGGUUCAUUGGUCGGCGAGGUUGGCCGAUGGAGUUUCUGUCCGACAAUGGGACGAACUUCCUAGGAGCCAGUAAGGAACUGGAA